AUGACUCUCUCUUCCUCAGCCAAUAUUCCAGCCACGCAGAAGGCCGUGGUUGGCCCCGACUAUGAACUCGAAAUCGACUCCACCUUCCCCGUCCCUACCCUCAAGCCCGGCCAGGUGCUGGUCAAACUGACUCACUCCGGCGUCUGCCAUUCCGAUAUCUCGUCCGUAGCUAAAUUCUGGGGCGAUCACCACUCCAUCUGCAGUGUGCCGGGCCACGAAGGAGUCGGACGCGUCGUGGCCGUGCACGACUCAGUCAUCUCCCCGCCCGCCAUCGGCACCAAGGUCGGCGUCGCACUCCUCGCCGGUCCCUGUCUGACCUGCGACAUCUGUCUGCGCGAAGACGACGGCGAGCUGCGGUGCCCAAACAACCCGGGCUUCCACGGCACCCAUGUCGACGGCAGCUAUCAGCAGUACAUCGCCCUCAGCGCGCAUUAUCUGAUAACACUGCCCGAGGACAUUGAGGAUUCGCUUGUCGCGCCGGUGCUGUGCGGCGGAGUCACGAGUCUGCGCGCGCUCAAGGUGUCUGGUGCUCGUCCGGGCGAGGACGUUGCGAUCGUUGGCGCGGGCGGCGGUCUCGGUCUGUACGCGAUCCAAUAUGCGCAGGCGCUGGGUCUCAAUGUCAUUGGAAUCGAUGGCGACAACAAGCGGGAAGUGAUUGAAAGCCUCGGUGCUCAUUUCAUCGACUUCCGCACAAAGGACGCUGUCUCGGCCGUCAAGAAGCUGACCGUCGGCGGACACGGUGUUCGUGCAGUGAUCGUAUUGGCUGGUACCGACUACGCGACUGCACUCUCGUUUCUGCGCACCCAAGGCAUACUUGUCAUUGUCGGUCUGCCCAAGCCGGAUGUCGUCAUCAACGCGAACCCGAUGAUGCUCGUCGAUACUGGUAUCCGCAUCACGGGCUCGUUCGUAGGUACGCGGCGCGACGUUGCCGAGGCAGUCGAGUUUGUGCGGCAGGGAAAGGUGAAGAGUAAGGUUGAGGUGCGCUCGCCUGAGAAGAUUAUGGAUAUCUUCCGAGAGGUGGAGCACGGCAAGGUUGCCGGUCGCAUCGUGUUGGAGUUGUAAGCGGGUGUUUUUUUGUUUGGGAAGCGAGGUUAGGAUACUUUUCUGGGAAAGCGAUGUUCAGAGUAAAUAAAUACAAAAAUGUCAGCCCAUUUGUGGGCUUAUGAGAGUCAACGACGUCCUGGUGCGGUGAUCGGAAGUUGGCAGCACACAGAAUUCACAUCCACCGGCUUCUUCAUGCGGGAUACCGGAAGCUUAGUCAGGAAUCACGCGAAUAUGAGGGGCUCCACCGCCGGCAAUCGACGCCAACCGGAUGCGUCGCAUAAGGUUUUAAGCAGCCAGAGUGUGGGGAACGAGCGGUAAUAUGACUGUUUAGAGAAACAAAAAACGUGGGCUCGAUCCCACCCCGGCUAUCGAUGGACUGGCGCCCGCUAUAAAACUAUUUGCAAACACCCUCCCUC